AUGGCAGCAACAGGAUCAGGAACAGGAACAAGCGCAGUCUUUUGGUGCCUUGGCUGUUUUGGGGACUGGGCCAGCCGUCUAGAACAGAAGAGGAAAAGAGCGGCGACAGUAGGGCGGAGGGGGAACGGAGUGAACGGACGUGGUUCAGGCCUGGGUGGUCGUCGGAGGAAACCAGCAGUCUGGUCCAACGUCAGCCAUGCUACCAUGAAAUCAUGUACAAGUCUGUCCGCUCCACGUCCUGAGAGUGUCGCUCGAUUGGCCAGCCUCACGCCGUCGCGUGCGUCCAGGGAUAGGAUCCGUCCCGAUUUCCCAACCCCAAGUGACAUGUGCAAGCCCCGGUCAGACCGAAUUCUGGAGAGACGACGCUUUGGUCAGGGUGCACGGAAGAUCGGGGGAAGGAUGACUAGGGUUGGAGAGUGCAGGGUGUCUGUGUGUACCUAUUGUGGGUGUGUGAGAGAGAGAGAGAGCAAGAACGAGAGAAGGCGAUGA